AUGGUUCUAAGUAGGACCACGGUGCGCUCCUCGCUUCGGGACUACAUUUCCCAGAAGUCCUUGCCCGGGGGGGGAAGUCCGUCAGUUGUCAUGGAAACCAGGCGUGGCGUGUUUGCAGAACACUUCCUCUGGAUUGGGGCGGCGGCGGGGGGAGCGGGGCCAGGGGGGCUGGCGCUUUCGUCACUUCCGCUCAGUCUUCUGCAGCCCGACUCAGUCUUGUGGGACCACAGGGGCCUGGGUGCAGGCCAGAGUGGGGAACAGGAAGGAACACAGAAUGGGCCCAGUGCUCCUCACCAGCAGACCCCCCCAGUGACUUUCAAGGAUGUGGCUGUGGACUUCACCUGGGAGGAGUGGGGCUACUUGGACAGUUCCCAGAAGGAGCUUUACUGGAAGGUGAUGGUGGAAAACUACAGGAACCUGGUCAGUCUUGGCCUUGCAGAUUCAAACAUGGAUGUGAUCUCUCAGCUGCAGUCAGGGGAAGCCCAUGGGGUUCCAAUGGAUAGUGUCCUAAGAACCUGCUGGCCAAAUGGGGACACUAGGCCUCAGACCAAGAAGUCAACUCGAAACUUGAGUAUUUCUAUGGAAGACUUAUUCCAGGAAAGGUCCUUGUGGGAUGACCUGUGCAUCUCCAAAAGGGGAAAAGCCUGGAAGUAUUUUCACAGGUUAAAGAAAGAGCAGAGCAAUAAGGAGAAACAUUCUAGACAAGGAAGAGUAAUCCGUACAGACCCUGCCGAUGGAGUCAGAGGUUCUGAAUACAGUAGAUACAGCCAAACCUCUAGUCCAGAGUCACAACAGGGAGUACAUUUAGCACUGAAUGUCUGUAAAAGUGAUAACCAGAGAAGGAGCUUCACCAUGGCGUCGAACCAAAGACAACGUAAUCAAAUCUGUUCAAAGAAGAAAUAUUCUGAGGUUAACAAAUGUCAGAAAACUUUUGUUUCUUUGGACUGCAAUAGAAAACAUGGAAUUCUUGCUGAAGAGCAACUUGGUGAAAGUGGGAAUUCUUUCCUCCAGAAUAAUGAACAAAGAACUCAUAGAGGAAAAAAGUGUUCUGAAUUGACUAAAUGUAGGAAGACAUCCUGUCAGAAGGCAGAUCUUACCCAAAUCUCUCAUAUUCAGAGUGAAAACAAAUCUUAUGAAUGCAGUGAGUGUGGAAAGGCCUUCCAGCAUAAGGUAAGCCUUACACAGCACUACAGAAUUCAUACUAGGGAGAAACCUUUCAUAUGUAGUGAAUGUGGAAAGGCCUUCCACCAAAAGAUUGAUCUCAUACGACAUAACAGGAUUCAUACUGGAGAGAAACCUUUAAAUGCAGUGAUUGUGGGCAAGCCUUUUCCAGGAGCACAACACUGA